AUGUAUCCUAUAUGCCCAGAUACUAGUUUAUACACCAUAGUGUUAUUUGCGUGCAAUGAACACCAUACAUCCCAAACUAUGAUAGUCGUGCAAUCUGUCCUCAAAAAUGGAAUCUCUCUCUCUCUUGAGGCAAAGGGAGAAAGAGGAGCGUGGUUGGAGGAGCCUGUCACUUCUACCACCACUAUUUUCUUGAGAUUAGAGAUUCUUGUUCUUAAAACCUCCCCCCAUUUUAGUUCUGAUCUUUAUCUUGGAGAAAGUAGACUACUACAAGUUGGUUUUGUUUUCUUUUACACAUUAGAAUCACAAAUGAAAACACAUUUACUUGUUGUUCCCAGUAAGAAAACUGAAGAAGUUAAUUGGGUGAAACCACUUAAUAAUUAUUUGUUAUCAAUAUAUGGUAAUACUUCCCAAUACCAAGAUGAUAUUAAUUCUUUAAAUAAAUUGCGUCAAGAUAUUAGAGGAGUCAAUGCUGAUGAUACAGGAUUAAAACUAUACUAUGGUUAUUAUAGUAAAUUGGAAUUAAUCGAUUUAAGAAUUCCAUUUCACGAUUUAAAUAAAUCAAAAAAAUUACAAUUUGAAUGGUUUGAUUCAUUUUCUUCAUUACCAUAUACUCAAAAUUCAUUAGCUUUUGAAAAAGUCAAUGUAUUAUAUAACAUUGGAGCCAUUUUAAGCAAAUUUGCUCAAUUCAAAUAUAAUGAACUGCAACAACUCAAUGGUCCUGAAGGUGAAACAGCAUUUAAACAACUGAUUUCAAUGUUACAACAAUCAAGUGGUAUUUAUCAGUUUAUCAAUGAAAAUUUUUUACAUGCACCAAGUCAAGAUUUAGCUCAAUCAACAAUAAAAUUUUUAAGCAAAUUAAUGAUUGCUCAAUCUCAAGAGAUUUUCACUUUAAAAGUUAUUAGUGGUGAUUUGAACCAACUGAAAAAUUCUUUAAUUGCAAAACUUUGUAAAUCUACAAGUGUAUUGUAUGAAGAUUGUUAUAAUAUGAUAAAUAAGAAUAAGAAGGAGAGUUUUAAAAUAACGAAUGAAAGUUAUGAUGGUGGUGAAUAUGAAGAAGAAGAUGAAGAUGAUGAUGAUGAAGAUGACGAAGGAUUUUUAGAAAGACCUGAAGAUACUGAUGAUUCCGAUAAUCGAUAUGUUGCAGCUGAAUUAGACUCUUCAUGGAUUUCCAUUAUCUACUUUAAAUAUGAAUAUUAUAAGUCAUUGGCUUAUUAUUUCAAUGGAUUACAUUUAGAUGCAAAUAGAAAAUAUGGGGAUGCAAUUGCUUAUUUGACUAAAUCACAAGAAGUGUUGAAUGGAGUUCAUAGCAGUACUUUGAAACAAGUAUCCAAAGGUAGUGGUGAUGUUUAUGAGUUAUUAGAUAAUUAUAAAUAUCAAAAAGAUGCUGUCACUAUCAGACUCAAUGAUUUGAAUAAAGAUAAUGAUUUGAUUUAUCAUGACAUUGUUCCUAACUUGGUGACAUUACCUGAAAUCAAGCCGAUGGAUAGUACCAAAAUAAUUAAAUUGGCAGAUAAUGCCAUAUUUCAUGAAAUUAAUGAAAAAAAUUAUAAUAAUUUCUUGGUUAAUGUUGUCCCAGUGAAUAUUCAUGAAUUGUCAAGUUAUUAUUCAGAAGAGAAAUCACAGUAUUUAAGGAAUGAAAUUGAUCAUUUUGAAGUAUCCAAUGAAGAGGUUUCGUCGGUUUUGGAAUACUUGAAAUUGCCCAAGGCAUUAGUUUCCAUCAAGGAGAGUCUCAAGGGAACAAAUUCUAGGGGCAACAAUAAUGGAGAUAUUGAAGAACUCUUGUCACGAUCUGUUAUUGACAAAGUUAAUGAAAUACUGUCGCAAUAUUCCAAUGACAUACAAAGGAAAAUUGCUAUUGAAAACUCAAGGAAAGAGAUAUAUCAAUUGAUUAAACUCUUGACGGAAAACAAUUGUCAAGAUGAUGCAAUUCAAUUAAAGAAGAUUUUAUACGAUGCAUCGGUAUCAGAUACCAAAUUGUUUGCAUUGAUCGAUGAAACUUAUCAUCGAACUUUAGGAAGUGGAAUUCAAUCUCAUGAGUUUAAGAGUUUAUUUAAUAAUACUGUUGAUAAUAAAUCAAAUCAAGAUUCAGAAAUAAGUCUUUUGGAUAUUGAUGAUAAUAAUGAUACUAAUCAAGAUAAACAAAUCAAGAAUAUUGAAGAUUAUUUGAAUGAUUUAAACAAUAUUAAACAGAAUAAAUUUAAAUUGAUUGAGAAAUUGAAAAAAGAAAUUCAUAAUGAUGAUAUUUCCGAUAUUUUGGUAUUGAACAUGAAAUUAAAAUCUACUAAUGAAAUCAAAUCAAUUAUUUUCCCUGAAGAAUUAAAGAAAUUUCAUCCAUUUACAAAUGAAUUGGAUAAAUUAAUCAAUAAAGAGAAAUCAAUAAUUGAACAAUUAAAAAUAAUUUGGGAUAAAUUGAUUUCAAAUCCUCAAAUUAAAACUUUACAAAUGGCAACUAAUUCGAAAACUCAAUUAAUUGUUAAUCAACUGGAAAAAAUUGAUCAAUUUUAUGGUAAUUGGUUGAAAUAUCAUAAUGGUUUAAUUGCUGGAGAGAAAUUUUAUAGUCAAUUAUUGGAUCGAUUUAAAGAUUUUAGAAAUAAUAUUGAUAAUCAAUUGAAUAAAGGAAUGAGAAGUUUGAAUAUUGGACAACAAUUUCCUACACAGCCAAUGUUAAAUCGAACUCAAAGUUCUGGAUUGCAAUCAAAUUAUACUGGUCAAUCAAAUAUAAGUAUCAGUAGUCAACCAUCUGGUGGAUAUAAUCAGCAACAACAACCUCAAUCUCAAUCUCAAUUCUCUGGUGGAUAUAAUCAACAGUAUACACAACCUCAAGGCGGAUACAGUCAAUUUCAGGGUCAGACUCAAACUGGAUAUCAACGACAACCACCACCCCCUCCUCCUCAAUUACCACCUAAACAAACUAUGGGAUCUUACAAUUUUGCCCCAACUCAACAACCACCACCACAACAGCAACAGCAACAAGCGCAACCUCAGCCGCAGCCACACUCAUAUCCAUACCCACAACAAAGGACACCUCAAAAUGAAAGUAAUUUGAUUUAUGAUAAUCCUUCAACUUAUAAUCCAAAUAUGUAUAAUUUUUUCUCAAGUAAAUAG